GCUGCGCGAUUCCUGGGUCCGCUGUGUCCAUACAGAAUGCAGGGAUCAGUGAAAUGUUGCAACACCGAUCGUGUGCGGUGUACCUCUGUACGAGGUCCCGGUCAGAGUGAUCACAUGGAUUGGCAGAAGAUCAGAGUGAUACAAAAAGCAGGCAGUAAGAUGUCACUUGUGACAUCAUUGCUUACUACGUGUGAAAUCUGUGAAUGAUCACAGAGGUCAAUGGUACAAGGAACUAUUCACAACAGCCUUGUACCAUGUGACAAGUUGUGACCAAUCACAGCUCAC